ACUCUCUCACCUUCACAAACUCCAUUCCAAAUUCCAAAACUUCCAACUCUUCUAUCUAUCUUCUCACACUUUCCUCUCUUCAUCGCAAAAAUGGCAUCACACUCACCAACCCGUUUCCGUUUCUCUCUCAUUGUUCUCUGUGCACUCUUCAUCUUGGGAGCUAACGGAGCCUCACCGUCCCACUCGCACAACGCUGCCCCAGCCCCCGCCGUGGAUUGCUCCUCCCUGGUUCUAACCAUGGCGGAUUGCUUGUCCUUCGUCACCAAUGGCAGCACCACCACCAAGCCGGAAGGUAACUGCUGCUCCGGGCUCAAAUCGGUUCUGAAAACGGCGCCUCAGUGUCUGUGUGAAGCCUUCAAGAGCAGCGCUCAGUUCGGCGUCGUUCUCAAUGUCACCAAGGCCCUCGCUCUCCCCGCUGCAUGCAAAGUCUCCGCCCCUUCCGCUUCCAACUGUGGAUUGUCUGAAACACCUGCCGCCGCUCCUGGGCUCUCUCCACAAUCUCCUGCAGUAUCUCCAUCAUCUGGUUCUUCUGCAGCUCCAGCUAGUUCAACCCUCACUCCAAGUGAGGCAUCAUCUCCAACACCAGCACCAUCAGCUGGAAGCUCAGCAUCAUCACUCUUCCCGAUUUCAGCUGGAUCCUUGUUUCUUUGCAUCUUGCUAGCAGCAUUCUCAGGCUUUUAAGCUUCCCAUAUAAUAAGAUUUCCAUUCUGAGAGUAGAGAGAUGAUGAUGACAUGAGGCCAUGAGGGACUAUUUUUAUGUUACAUAUUUGAUGUUCUAUUCUACCAUCGGAGGUUUUCUAAUUCUAUGUGUGACUUAAGAGUAGAUAUAAUUCAUUCUGGGAGUGACUUGAGCCUAUGACCUUGUUUUGAGGUUGUAUUGUACUCUCUUUUUAUAUAUAUAAAUUUAUUUAUCAUAAUGAGUAGUCAUAGUAUUAUCAUUGCUGUAUAUGUUGGUUGUAAUUUACUAAUUAUUAUUUAAA